CCGCAAUUACUGCGAUUCAAUGCUACAUAGAGCUUCAAGGCUCGCGCACAUCCUCACCUCACCCAUUCGCGCUCUUACCCUUCUCCCUCUCGUCGGAACCUCAACCCCCACCACCAACCACCACCACGCCCACGACCACUGUUACAUACGACCACAAUAUGUAUCAAGAAGACCCGGCGUGGGACGACAUCAUCCCGCUGCCGCAAGACGAUGGCGACAAGCCGCUCGCGCAGAUCGCGUACACCGAGGAGUACGCGGAGGCCAUGUCGUACCUGCGGGCGAUAAUGGCCAAGGAGGAGUACAGUGCGCGCGCGCUGGCGAUCACGGAGCACAUCACUGAGAUGAACCCUGCGCACUACACCGUCUGGCUCUACCGCGCGAAAUGCAUCUUCGCGCUCUCGCACGACCUGCGACAGGAGAUCGCGUACCUCAACAACAAGGCGCUGCGGCACGAGAAGAACUAUCAGAUAUGGCACCACCGCCAGCUGAUUAUGGACAAGCUGGGGGACCCCACGGGCGAGGCCGAGUUCGUUGCGAAGAUGUUCGAGAAGGAUUCGAAGAACUACCAUGUCUGGAGCUACCGGCAGUGGCUGGUGAGACGCUUCGAGCUUUGGGAAGGGGGCGAGUUGGAAUAUGUCGACAAGCUCCUCGCAAAGGAUAUUAGGAACAAUUCGGCGUGGAAUCAUCGCUUCUUCGUCGUUUUUGGGAGGGGCGGAGAGGUCGAUAUGGACGUCGUCGAGAGGGAGAUCAAGUACGCCGAGGACGCGAUCUACCUGGCGCCGCAGAAUCAGAGCCCUUGGAACUACCUGCGGGGACUGAUCUCGCGCGCAAAGCUGCCGCUUUCCAAGAUGGAGGCUCUGUGCAAGCACUAUGCCCCCGUUGACAAUCCCGACCGUAUCACAUCAUCCCACGGCCUCGACUGGCUCGCUGAUAUCGGCGCCGAGAAGCCGGAGACCAAGGACACGGCCAUCAAAGCCCUCGAGCUGCUGGCCAAGACUUACGAUCCAAUACGAACGAACUAUUGGAAUCACCGGAAAGUGCUCUUGCAGAAGGCUGUUGCUUAGAUAGAAUUUGGUCCAGGGGAUACGAUAAAUGAC